CUCCCUCCUUCCCCAUAGGCACAUGAUCAUUAGUGAGGCUUGCAUGUUUUCCUUUCAAAUGGGUGAUCGCCUGUUUUUGAGAACAGCAGUAUAAGGUCAAUGCCCUGCUCCUCACAUACUCUUUCAAAACAUGACCUAUACCCCCAUGACACUCUGAAUUAUCCUGGUGCUGAACAAACUUCAGAAUGCUAAAUAUAACAAGUAAAAUGAGCGAGACUGAAUUCAGUCGUGGUGGUUGUCUUGCAAGUCGGUUAAGGGUUGGUGGCAUUUUGCAAGAAUCUACAAGGGGUGCUGUAGCAAUUUUGGCUAGCAACUGUUAGACAUUCUUUCUUGCUGUUAGCAUGUGCAAGGACGUAAGCCAACAACCACUGGGUCAGAUCGUUGAGACCCAGUCACUAUGAUAAUCAAGGUAAUACUGACCACAUCUUUAAAGAAAAUUGGGCAAACCCAUCUUGCUGCUUACUAAAUCCUGACAGUGGAAUCUUUCCAUUGGUUUUGGUAUGUUGCAUUGUUUUAUAUUCUAAAUGAGGAUCAGCUGUGAACCUUUGAAACAGAUGCAUCCCUAGUUAAAUAGGGUAUUGUAUUCUAUAAGACAAGCAGAGCUUGUCUCAGCUCUAUCCUAAUAGAACGAACAUAUACAUUUAUAAAACCAAAAUGACUCAGUCUCCUGGGUCUGACAUAAAUGUGGUAACUGAAGAGUUAAGAUUCUAUGCUUAUGGGCUCCUGAGGGCCACACCAGAAAAGCUUUGGCCCUAUCAUCAGGAGAUUGUGAGUUUGAAUCCUGACAAUGCCACAGCUGGCAGGUAUCUAGGAGGAAGUAGCUGUCUUGUGUCUUGGUUGGCAGCUGUCAUGUGACAGGGGAGAGCUAACUAGUGAGGGGGAGCUGGGAAAUGACAAUCGGGAGAGAAUGGGUGUAAAAAGAAAAAGAUUCAGUGCUUCUAACCUUAAGGUUGUGUGCUGAAAUCCCAGAUUUGCCAGUGAACCAGUGUGGAAUUUUUUAUUUUUUUUUCAGUAGCCUCAAGUUGGGGCAUGUGAAAAAUGAAAUGGUUUCUUAAAAACAUGGUGAAAGAUCAGACAGAAGGAUGUGGUGUACAGGAAUGGGAAGUACGCUAAAGGUGGAUCAGCAGAACUGUCAACCAAUCAACAUCAGAUGUGUGAGACCUAAUUGUGUCCUCCAUCUGUGGUGAAACACAUACAAGUGUUUUACUGGAAUUCAAGAAACAUCAGACUGAAGCACUGAACCCAAGGCAUUUGUGUUUGAUUACACAGGAGAACAGCAGGGACAUUUUCAUGCUUUUUCAUCCCUUGCCCAUUCCUUACAUGUGACGUGACAGAAGACAAUAUUUUGGGAUCAGAUGGUGAAAAACCUCUCAAACUGACGAGUUCUCGUUCAAGCAAAGAGAGCCCAACCUCGAAUGAUGAACGGAAUGAUGAACGAACGUGAAUGUUAAAAGCAGAAGUGAGAUUUGAUAAAAAAAAAAAAAAAAUUACAACAUGGAAGUACUCGAUUUAAGGCAUUGGUAAUUUUUUUUUUAAGAGGAACGGGCAUCAGAUAAACUGCAGUUGUAAAAAUGAGAGUAUUGGGAAUGCCUGCACUUUCUUGCCUGCUUGUCCUCAUUCACAUUCAGUGAGCAAAUGCCAAGGCUCUUGCUAAGCUGGUGGCCAUUUUGUGUUACUGCACUGUCAAUCUGCUUGUAUGAAAUGGUCGAACGUAGGAGGGGCUUUUAAAGGAACCUCGUCCUAAAUGUGCCACAUUGUUUGCUUCUGCAUUCUGCACAAACUAAUGCUGCUUUUGUUAAGUUCAUGGAUGCUUCACAGGUUGAAGUGUGUUGCUUUGUUUUGCUCUCUUUAUAAAUAAUUUGUAUUAAAAAAACCCCCAAAAAACAAGACAUUUAACUGGCUGGCAGACAGUGCUUGACAGUUUGUUUAAUUCACUUAAUCUAUUCUAUAUUUGGUUCAGGUUAUCAAAUUUUUACAUUUUUAAUUACACAGCAUCUAAUUACAGACUACCUGUCAAAGUAUGUACACUCAUUUAUUUUAUUUAUUGUAUUUAAUUUAUUGAGAAGAUUCUUUUAAAAAAAUGCCUUUCCUUAGCUCUUCAAUAUAGUGUUUAUUCAGUUCAGUGAUUUUGGAAUAGGAGGAUAUCGAGGAAAGGGCAUUUGUUGGGGGAGGGUUUUGUGUUUUUAGCAGAACAAGUCUCAGCUGGUUCAAACUGGUUUCUGCUGCAUGCCUCUGAUUGGCCAGUGUUGUUGAUAUCUUCCUAACCCCACUGUUUGCUAAAGUAAUCCUAUACGAAUAUGAAGUAUAUCCAAGUAUGUUUUACUUUUGCACAGCUUGGUAUUUUGAGCUUACUGCCUCACUAAGGUCUAGUGCUGUAUGAGAGUGCUAUAGUACCUGACUGUGCACUCUAUCAUAGAAGACUUGUGGACAUUUGUGCACUCAGCAUGGGGUGCACAUUUAUUUUUCAUGUAUUUUUACAGACUUGUUUUGUGACGUCUGCUAUAGAUUGCCUGCAGAAUUUUGAGUAUGUCUCACUCCCAAUGUUUGGUAUAUAUCGUUCUGUGUGUGCGUCAGGGAAGGAGCAGGGUAACCAUGAUGUAGAAAAUUAAUAACAUGCUAACAGUCUUUUCAAACAGGAGACUUGAUGUACUGGUGAAUCGGUUUUUCCUCAUAGUCAAGAACAGGCUACACUGAAUACAUGUGUUAAUAUUAUAUUUUAAUAUGAGUAAGAAAAGGGUAUUCAGGCACCCCCCAGUACUGGUAACAUUUGGUAUAGCCCUGUACCCUGUAUAGCCUUCUCACUUUCCCUUCUUCAACCACUUUUUCAUCUCUCCAAACAUACCCAUGGCUAAUUUAGUGCCAUUGAAAUCCAUUCUUACAAUUUUAUUGCUAACCAUUGUAUAGCAUUCGUUGUUACUAAUUCUGCAUAAAAAAAAUAUUCAGGACUAUACAAGAUGCGCACAUUUAACUCUGUUUGUGGAAAAGAAUAUAUAAAAAAUGUAUCAAGAAUCGGAUCAGGUUUUGUUCUGUUGCAUUGAACACAUAACACAUAAGCAUGCACACAUGUUAAGUUUUGUUGGGAAGCCCUGCUCUAUAAUUUGGGUGACUCAGCAGAUUACAAACAGUCUCUCAGAAUUGAACAGAUUAAACAAUAACUUGCCCAGGAUGUAGAAUGAUUUAUUUAUUUGUGGAUGCCUUUUAAUUUGGUAAAGGCAUACGUCGACACUUGUGAGUUUACAACUAAUCAUUUCAUGCGUCUUGUAUCUCGAUUGCAUCCUAAAAAGAUUUCAUCCUGUGUAUGACCCACAUGCAUUUUCACCUGUAGUCAAAUGCAUCUCUGAUCGGCCAUACCGAAAUCUUAUAGCUAUAUUGCAUGUUCAUAUACAAAUCAGCUCAUUACAUACCAACACCAGCUUCUAGUGUUCUUUGUUUUUGUUUUAUAAAUAAAAUGGUCACUGCCUCAUAAAUUGUGCAGUUUUCAAAAAUCUAACUAACAUUUUAAAAGUGCCAACACUUACGGAGAAUAUCUGAUGCCUGUCAGGACGGGGAUUUUACAUGUGGCUUAGAGAGACAGAUGCUUUGACAUUUGUAUAACAUGUGGCUAAAAUGCAUCUCAGACCUCCGGAUUUUAAAUCUGUUGCAUGUGUGUCUUGGGUGCAUUUACACAUAAAUUUUUAUGAGCAUAGUCCAUAUCCCUGAUAUUCAAGACGCAUGAAAUGACUAAGUGAAAACCUGUCAUAUAAGCAAUGGUAUAAAGCUGAUUCCUCUUGAGAUCAAGAGUCACAAAACUUGGGCAGACUUUGAAUCUUAAUGGAAUUUGACAGCCUACCAUAUUUCAUAUUUCAUGGUAAUAUGAAAUAAAAUAAUCUGAUCCCCCCCCUGCCAAGUUAUGAUCAAUAGUCCAGAAUGAGGAAAUUUGUGGUUACUAUAUUGCUAAAUUUGUUUAAAUGUUUGUAAGGGUCUGCUUCCUCCUGCUAUUUUGAGGGACAAAAGCUUUCUUGGCGAUGGAGACUGACUAUUGCAGAGAGACAAAUGUCCCUACUUGGCACCUGAAGGUGCUGAAUUUAGCUUAUUGUGGAAAGUGUAAUAGAGGAUUUAAAUAUAACCCAUGAACUGAGCCAUGCUUAUGUGAUCCUGAUAUCACCAUGUUUUGAAAGAGUUAUGAAAUGAAUUUCCAUUGUUGAAUCACAAGACAGAUCAUAGUUUCUCUUUGAAUUCCUGUACUUGUAUGCUGAAUAUAACAGUGUGAACACAUGCUGGUUUUACACAAGACAGAGAAAAGACAAACUUCGUUUUCUUGGUUUCUUAGAUCUACAACCUGCCAGCUCUCGAGGACAUGUGGUACUCACACCAAGUGAGGUUUCUCAUUAUUCCUUCUACUUUUAAAAAAAAUCUGUUAAACAACACUGAGGUCUCUGUCUUCUAUUAGAAGAAUUCGGUAAAAAGUGAAUAGUCAAGUUUGCUUACCAGUCACGAUAAUCAACAUUUUUUCUUUACUGAGUAUGUGAAAGUGGUAAGUAGUGUUAGGAUUUUCUACAUGCUUUAUGGUAAUAAAGCUCACAGGCUUAUGAUUUAGAGGACUUGAUUUUGUAAUUUAAGCAUAUACAGUCUUCAAGUUAUUAAACAGAUGGCUUUGUCUUGCUCCCUCUUGUGUUGAGUCACAGUUGCACAUCCUGUCACCCCUCUACUUUGUGAAAAUGGUAUGGCCUGGGACUAGCAGUAAUUUUCCAUCCUGUUUGCUCAGUGCUGCAGUGGGGGAGGGGAUAGUGUUUGUCUUUUUCAUGGAUUUUGUUCUUUUUUCUAAUUUAAAUUAGAAGUAUUUCUUUCGGGUGUUCACAUCUUGCCCCAAACAUUUAAAUGGCCUUUUAAAAUGUAUCUAUUUUUAUUUAUUUAUUUUUAUUUCUGAGGUAUCAAAGAUUUACCAUGUGAAGACAAUUCUUGCAUACAGAACAACUGUCCAGAUUAUGACACUGUUGUUGUUUAUCUGGUCAUUGUGAUUGUGAGUAGUGUUCCUACACUGUGCUCUGGUGUUGCUGGGAAGAUCACAAAGACUCUGCUCCACCCCUCUGCGCACGUGGUACAGUCCCAGCUGAACUUCUCUCCCUCACUCUGUCUCGCCUAUAUAUAGGGUGAGCAAGAGGAAGGCUAGUCGCACUCGCAUUCUUGUUCAUGGCCUACGUCUGAAGCUCACAGGUUCCUGUAAAAUCUUGUGGGCAAAUCCCUCCAUGAACAGGGAGGUACAGAGGAACACAGCGAUCAGUUUAACCAGGUGAAAAAAUGGAAGUUGCCGUUCCAGAAGAGCCUCAGAAGAAGAUUUUCCGCGCUCGAAAAACCAUGAAGAUGAGCGACCGUCAGCAGCUGGAGGUGCUGCACAACACCUUGGUGACUACAAACCCCAACUCAUCUUCCUCACGGCCCCAGACACCGCUGGUAAACGGAACGCAUGCGGAGGAUGGACAGAAGGGGAAAGAGAAGGACAAGGAGUCUGGGACAAAGUCUCCUGCCUCGCCCUUGUCACGUUCUUCCCCUGUACCAUCGCGCACGGUCUUGCUCUCACGAUCGCCCUCUCCGGCUGUCAGCGAAAAUCGAAACCCCUCACCUUCUCCGUCUCUGAAGAAAGGCUCAGAGAAGGGUAAAGGUGAAGAGAAAAAAGGAGAGAAAGACAGGAAGGAUGAUAAGAAGGCUGAAGAAGUUAAAGCUGACAAGAUAGAAACUACCAAAUCUGCACGCACCGGGUCUCCAUCAGUGUCUGACAAGAAGGCAGAGCAGAAAAAGACUUCCACAGACCAAGUGUUGAACGGCGAGCUGCCCAUGGAUACAGACAGCACUUCCCUUGACAACGGUUUAGCGGAGGAGAAAAGCAGUAAGAGCAUCUCCUCCUCGUCUCCUUCCGGUUCUCCGGCCGCCAGCCUGGAGUGUGAUCCGGAAGUGAAAGAGGGCUUUCUCUGCCUCAGUGAGGAAGAUGAGGGUCAGGGAGUUCAAGAUGAGGCGAAAGACAGAAACGAGGAGAAGAUGGAUGUGGAUCCUGAGAAAGAGGAGAAGAAAGAGGGAGAGAAAGGGUGUAAUGUGGCAGAUGGCACAGGCACCAGCACUCCUUCUGGUAAAAAGAGAUCCUUGUCACCAGUAGAGGGGAAAGAUGGAUGGAAAGAUGGAGAGAUUAAAGAGGAGAGAGAUGGAAAGAGAGCAAGGGUGGAGGGAGUGCAGUUGGAAGCUCAACUGGAGCUAAAGAUCACGGCCAACGCAGGGAGCCGUCUGAAACUGGAAAAGGUGGUGCAGCAGUUGGUGGAGGAGCGCUUGCGUGUGCUGCAGCUGACUGUGUUCGACCGCAGUCUACAAGAGCUGAAGGACAGAAUGGAGAAGAUUGAUGCUGCCACCAAACAACAGAAAACUGUCCAACACACCCUACAGAGUAAGAUUGCACGACUUACCAAGAAGUUUGGAGCUGCUAACCAGGCAUCUGAGAAUUCCAAAAAAGCUCAAGAGGCUGCUGCUGCUAAGCCUACUCCUACACCCACUACAACCCCAACAACUCAACGCACUAUAAGGACCACGCUGGACCCAAAGCCGUCCAAUCCUUCUGCAGCAUCAUCCAGUUCUACUGCUACCCCAACUCAGCCCAAACCUCACUCCACUCCAAGUACACCGACGUCCUCGGCACUGGCCGCCCCUGCACCCAUCCUUCAGCUCAUAACCACGACGACAAACUCCACACCGUCCUCCUCCAGCUCCUCUCUGAGUGGCCAGGCCCAGGCAGGCACUCUACUGCUGCAGCCCCGUCCAAACACGGGUGCCAUGACGACUAGCACGGCCACAACAGCUGGCCAACCGAUGUCCAUCCAGCCUUUGCUGAUCCAGCUACCACUGGCUAUGGCUAAUGGCCAGGGUGGGGCCAUAGCUGGGGGAGUUGGCCUGAUUCCCGUGUCCUCCUUGGCCACGGUUAACAGCCUUAGCAAGGCCAAGACCACAACAGCAACCACUUUUAUCUUGCAGAAGACAGCGGGAAGCGUUGCGACCUCAUCUUCGUCUGCUCCCUCUUCCUUGGCCUCAUCCGUGUCUUCGGCAGUGGCACAGAUGCCACCAAGUAGACCAGUGUACCAGGGUGGCACGGGCACAGCGAGUUCACCAAAUGCUGGCAUCUCUGUGACAACGGCCCGUGCCCCAACACAGUGUGCCGCCGUAGUCGGAAUGGCCACUGCUUCAUCGUCCCCGGCGGCCACAGGCCCUGCUGCAACAGGCUCGGCAGCGGCCGCAGCUGGUCCACCAUCAGCUUCUGAAAUGGCAUCCAAAACAGAUAAUCAAGCCACUCAUUCUGCUCCAGCCAAAUCAUCUGCUCAGCCUGCUCGUCCCAAGGGCUCAGUCAUUGACCUAACUGAGGAUGAUGAUGAUGUCCAAGUUACUGGCGUGCAGAAGGCUACUGCUCCUGCCAUUCCCACCAAUACCCAGCGACCCCCAGGGCCUCCCCCAUCACUAGUGAGCUCCACCUCUGUUGCAGGUCGUUCUGCAACACAGCAUCGACCCUCAGUGGACUCGCCCUCUAAAUCACGCACAAGCUCUUCAUCCUCGGCUUCUCUUCCUCCAUUGCCGUUAGCCCCGGCCCCACCAGCUCGUCUGCCCCCAGAGGCAGUGCACACGUCUCCACCUCAGCAGCCUCAGCUGAAGCUCGCACGUGUGCAGAGUCAGAACGGCAUUGUCCUGUCGUGGUGCGUGUCUGAGACGGAGCGUAACUGUGCACCAGUGGACAGCUACCACCUCUAUGCCUACCACCAGGACCAGCAGAGUACGGCAGGAUCGUCCACACAAUCGCCCACACACUCGCUGUGGAAGAAGAUCGGUGAAGUGAAGGCACUGCCACUACCCAUGGCCUGCACUCUCACCCAGUUUGUGUCCGGUUCUACGUAUUACUUUGCCGUCAGGGCCAAAGACGUGUUUGGCCGCUUUGGGCCGUUCUGUGAGCCCCAGUGUACCGAUGUCAUCAACCCACAGUCCUAAGUUGAUGUAAUGAAUUGUUAGUUAGCAAAGGAAAAAAUGUGGUGUAGUCGGCAGAAAUAUCCAAACUGUGGGAGAGACUGAACUGCUAAUGAUGCGUCAGACUACUUGUUUAGUUAGGAAAUAUCCCCAAAAUUGGAUAGGAUGUUCAAAAUAGACACACAUACUCUGCAGAAACACAGACUUGCACACUAGUCAGUAAUUUGACGCUAUUUUAAGGAAAAUGGGGACUUGGCACCGGUCUGAAUUGUGCCGCAAACGGUAUUUUCCAUGUGUAGAAUGACUGUACAGGUAAGUGUUGAACCAAUAGGUCAGAUAUUUAUACAUUGUGUUUGGUCUGUUCCAAAUUUUUCAUUUCUCUUUUUUUUUUUAAAGAAUGUUUUUUAAUAAAAUGACCUUCAAUCCAUUGCACAUAUGCUCCAUAAAACAGCAUGGUAUCAAGCUACAUGGAAAGACAAUGGUGGCAUUAUUGCUUUUGUAAUGUUCUGUCUGGUAACCAGACGCCCAAAGAACAGCCUUCAAAUAAAGGUAUUUAAAAUGGAAAAAAAAAAUCCCUGUCACAUGAAUAUGAAUUUGUAAUUUUAAUUUAAAGGAUUAAUAUGUAAUGAAAUAUUAAAGAACAUAUUAUACCUCCA